CGUGCGCGUGUGAGGAGGGAGAGAAAGUGUGUGUGUAGACAACCUGCUCGCGCGUAAUUCUGGGAGGACUCUCCGCCGAGCAACGAAACAAUAAACACUCACGAAACCGCAAGAGUUUCCCCGGCGGAGUAACAAUAACCACUGAAAUCACGUCACCCCAUCCAGCCAGAAGUCAAUUUGCAGCCAUGUAUCUGAACAGGGAGGAGGGCUACACCAAAGGCUCGAUCUCUUUGACCGUGCUGUUGGUGUCGUUGGCUGUGACGGUGUGUGGCGUUUGGCUGGUGGCUCUCUGCGGCGUCUGUGGAUGGUGUCAACGGAAGCUGGGGAAGAGGAAUAAACCAGGCGUGGAGUCCGUGGGGUCUCCUGAUUCAGGAAGAGGACAAGGAGAAAAAAAAGCCAUCAAUGAUCUAGACAGAGACUUUUGGAAUAACAAUGACAACAGUUCAGUACAGCAGCGAUGGAGCUCAUACCCGCCCAAGGAGUUUGUACUAAACAUUUCUCCUUAUGCCCCAUAUGGAGACCCUCGCCUCACACUCAAUGGGGCAGUGCCCGGGGGCCAGAAAGGAGCCGCUGGGGGUGGACUUGGGGAUGGAGGGGGGUCGUCGUGUAGCGAUAGCCUGAGGAACGCGGUGACGGGUGGCAUUAAAGCUGGCAGGUGGCAGACAGUGCAAAGCUGCCUGCAUUCUGGAGACUUCAAAAACGGCAAUGUACCCGAUAAUGGCCUCUCCUUGGCCACAACCUUGGACCACAUUCCUGCAGGAGCGACGCCGCGGCCCCGCACAUUGUUGCGGCAACAGAGCCUCCAGCAACCGUUGAUUCAGGCCCCGGCCCCGAGCUUGUCCGGCGGGCCGCCCAUUUCCCAGAGCCUGGGUCAGCUACACACCCAGCCGGGCAGUGGUGCAGGUGGGGGCACGGGGCCCGGGGGAGGGCCUGGAGGUGGAACUGGCACACAAGCAGGUGGCGGAGCUUCACGGUGUAGGUCGGGAGGUGCCGGGGGUCGAGCCUCUCAGGGGGACCCUGGUAGCGUGGAUCACAUGAUGGGUCAGAUAAAGAAACGAGGCCUGGAUGUAAAAUCCUUCCUGGAAGGGAAAAUGGUGGUUCUCUCUCUUGCCAUUGGAUUGGCUGAGCAGGACGACUUUGCCAAUCUGCCAGACCUACAAGAAGAACCGCCCAGUCAAGAAACGCCCCCUGAUAAGAGUAGGAAUAUGGGGAAUAAGCCAGCGAACAGUCCUAAGGGUCACCCGCCGGAAGCAGACGGUCAUUCUUCAGUGUCGGACCUGGCAAAUUCCCUGACUGGAGACAUGGUGAUGUUGUCUCCGGGGUCUGAAGACGACGAAGGACCUAUUAGCGAGAAACUGGGCAGGAUUCAGUUCAGUUUGGGCUACAGUUUCCAAGACACCACUCUGACGGUGAAAAUCCUCAAAGGUCAGGACCUGCCCGCUAAAGAUUUCUCCGGGACCUCUGACCCCUUCGUCAAAAUCUACCUGCUGCCCGAUAGAAAGCACAAACUCGAGACCAAAGUCAAGAGAAAGAAUCUCAAUCCUCACUGGAACGAAACUUUCCUGUUUGAAGGUUUUCCGUACGAGAAGGUGCGGGAACGAACGCUCUAUCUUCAGGUGUUGGACUACGAUCGGUUCAGUCGUAAUGACCCCAUCGGGGAGGUGUCCAUCCCUCUGAAUAAAGUGGAGCUUGGACAGCUGAAGACGUUCUGGAAGGAUCUGAAACCCUGCAGUGACGGCAGCGGAAGGCGUGGAGAUCUGCUGGUGUCUCUGUGUUAUAACCCCACUGCCAACACCAUCACUGUUAAUAUAAUCAAAGCACGAAAUCUCAAAGCCAUGGACAUCGGGGGCACCUCAGACCCCUACGUGAAAGUGUGGCUGAUGCACAAAGACAAGCGUGUGGAGAAAAAGAAGACGGUGACCAUUAAACGCUGCCUGAACCCCAUUUUCAACGAGUCCUUCCCCUUCGACGUGCCCGCGCACGUUCUCCGAGAGACCACCAUCAUCAUCACCGUCAUGGAUAAGGAUCGACUGAGCCGCAAUGAUGUCAUCGGAAAGAUUUACUUGUCAUGGAAGAGCGGGCCAGCCGAGGUCAAACACUGGAAAGACAUGUUGAGCCGGCCGCGCACGAAUGUGGCGCAGUGGCACGCCCUCAAAGCCUAAUUCGCCCUCUACACUUCCCGGUUCCCCGAGCCCAUUUGACCUUUGACCCGAACCCCGUCCUUAUGCACAAGACAAACUUGCUGCCAGACGGCACAACACGGGUACUUUUAGCCAUCCGAUCUUUAACGUUUCUCCUUUCUCAACCUCGUUUUUGCUUUCGCCUUUUCUCGUCCGGUAACAUGUAAUGUGAAGGCCUAACUAUCAACCAAUCAUAGAUGAUCUCCAUGACACUGUACGCAAACGGUUCUUUGCAUCUUUCGCGUUCGGAACCUGAAAGUCGAACAAAGCCAUUUAAAAAAAUGCUCUGAGAGCGCUUGAACCGUAACUACACGUUACCAGGACGUUUUCCUUCCACUUCUGUUUGUCUUCCCACAAUUCCCUCGCGGUCCCAGGCUGGGGAGGUCUGACACGUCCCUGAUCUGUGCUCACCUGUCGUCUUCACCUCUAAGUGAGUCUAUCCCUCAUGUCAUGAAGUACAAGCUCUUCGUCUAGACCCGGAGCUCAUGGGAUCUCAUUUGCCAGCUUUUAAAUUGGCCACUGCUGAAACGGAUCAAGUCACUGGAACUCUGGGAGUUGUAUUUUUCCAGGGCUCAGACGUCCCGUGCAAGUUUUUCAGCCCCCGGAGGGCCCUUCUAAUUAAAGCCAUGAGGGAACGACGGGCUUUCUUUCCACAAACAGUCUCGUUUUUUUUUAUUUACGUCUCUAUUUAUAGUUGUUUUGCUCACAAUCCCUCUCCUCUCCAAGCCUUUUCCGUUUCUUUCCCGCUCGACCGGAUUUUCCGUAUGUUUUUUCUCGCCAUGCCUUCGCUUCGAGUCUCCGUCGCUCUUGAUCGCUCUCCUCUCUUUCUUCUACGUAAACAGUUCAGAUUGGUUCAGCCGGAAACUGACAUCGUACGCCAUCAGGAGACGGCGAAUGAACUUCAUCGUUCUAUUCUCUUUUCCUUUUUUCUCUGUGGUUUCUCUUUAUCGCUGGCACAAUAGUAGUGAACUCCCUGUUGUUCGCCGGGAUCCUUCGUCGUUUGUGUGCUGUGAGUGACGUGCAGUAGAUUCCACAGAAAUAGCGUAAAAACUUGAACCACCAAGGGCGGAGAAGAGAAAAACACACAGGCUUCCUCUACGGAUCCUUCCACGGAUUUUUGGAGGACGUUCAGAUGGAAGAAAAAAAACACAAAAAAUGACUUGAUGUCAUCUUUUUUCCCCAAAAAAGACGUUUGAAGAAAUCCGAAAACGUUCUUCCAAAUCUGCUGUGAAAAUAGAAGCAAAAUGUUUUGUCAAUUUUUUUGUGCCAUGUGCACCAUAUAGUUCUUGCCACACUUUGCUUUAGUGAUGUGUUUUUGUGUGUGUGUAUGCGCUGAUCGCGGAUCGUCUUUGACGGAAAUCCUUCAGUUAGCAGAAAACACCUGCUUUUACCCGCGUAUGUGUGUGCGUGAGACUAUGAGCCAAUCUCACCAUUCACCCCAAAAUCAUAAGAUAAAAACAUAACAAAGUAUAUUAACAGUUUUUGCAUUGUGGGAUUAUCGUCAUGACAAGUUCAGCUGCAAACUGUAACUUUUGCUAUUCACUAAUCUAACGUUACGUAACGUACUUUUCUAUACAUGGGUUCAAGUCAAAUCAUAAAUCAAAUUAUAAAUCAUUAUUAUGAGCUUUCCUUUGCAAACGGGGUUAAAAUAAGAAGACAGAUUAAAAUACAGUUUUUUAUGUACUUGCUCAAAAACGUAUUUGGUUUUUUUUUUACUGAAAGUUACCGAUUGCAGCUUAAAGCACAUACGGAGCCUCUUUGCUGUAAUACAAGUUUAAUACAAAAAUGAAUACAAAUACUAUUAUGAUGUAUCAAUACUAUCUUUUGGUGUAUUUUUACAUUAUAAAUGGGAAUUACAGUCUUUGCAUUACGGUUGUGAAAUCCGGAGGCAGAAAUGUGCUUACAAUGUUGAAAAUGGAUCUAAACUAUCACUUUCCUAAAAAUACAUUUUUUAAGUCAUUCUAUUGAUUUUGGGUUUGAAAUCAGGUGUCGUGAGAUUCUCUCAUGUGUAUUAUGGCAUUAACGUGUAUCUUCAUCGAUGUGAAAAAUAAUCAAAAGUGUGUGAAUAUCCGGUUCUAUUUUCCCACGUCCUACUCUGUCUUAUUCUGAGACUCUUAUCACUUUCUCCUGGAGAAACGUGAUCUGCACUUUUUAAUGGUGUAACAUUGAGAACUAUAAUAAUUGUUAAUACAAUAAUAAAUAGCUUUUGUAUUUUAAGGGAGGAGUUUCUUUUAAAGAAGAAGCAGCAAAUUCCGGGCGGCUGGACUGGUUGAGACAGACUCUCUCUCUCUCUCUCUCUGUGUGUGUGUGUGUGUGUGCGUGUGUGUGUAAGUGUAUGUGUCUCAUCUGGACUCAUGGCGUGAUGUGUUGGGUUGAGGUGUGGCGUUUCUAUGGAGCGUGCCAUUGCCAUAGGGUCUCUAUGGGGACCGAGCGACUCCGCAGUUGUGUAGAGAGUCUCAGCGUGACAGAACCAGCGCACGCCUGGCAAUUCUCUCACUGCAGCUCAAGAACAACAUGUUCAGACCUUCAUCGAAACCAAAAAACCUGCUUAUCGGAGCUGUUUUGUUCUAGCUCAUAGUGUGUAGCAGUAGGCGGGACACAAUAACAAAAUACAACACAUAAAAUGUUGAUAAUCUAGAAGAUUUAAAGCUUCAGGGAGUGGAAUUUUUGUUUUACUUUACUGUACAUCUAUUAGGCCCAUUUACUGUACACAAAAAAAGAUAACCAUAAUGAAAAAUAUUCAUAAAGUUUAAAAAAAAAACUUAUAUUCCACAAAAGAAUUAUGGCAAUAAAGUUAGAGAGAAACAAUAUUGUUGGUAUCAAUUUAGUCAAUUUUAUUUUUUUGCCAAAUUCGCUGACGAACGGUAAAAACAUGACUGUCAAUAAAUAAAAAUCCAUUGAAUUAAAAUGUGAAACCUUUUAAUAUAUAUAAUUUGUAUUCUAUUUAAAAUAAAUAAAGUAUAUUUAUUAUAACUUUAUAGUUAUUCUUCUUGGUCUAAAUGGGCCUUUAAACUUUAUCAAUAACUCAAUCACUUUGUAAAUAAUGUGUAUUGAGUACUAAACCCGAGAUUAGACAUCUAAAGGUGUGGAUGUGAUAAGGCAAACCGCAACGCUUCUUGUAGUCUGUAUUUAAAACUCCGCAGUGCAUCUGCUUUGAGCCGAGAGCCAUCACUGGAGCGUUUAAUAAAGCACUUUCAUACGCUCAAUGUAAUCGGAUAAUAAUAUAGUUUGAAUGGUGUGUUUGUGUUCUCCAUCGUUUAGCCUUAGCGUACACAAAUAUCUGCUGUGUGUGUGUGCACGUGUGCGGUUGCAUGUGUAAUCGGGUUGUGUUGAGGUCUCCUCGUUCUUGCUUUGAUCAUUUGGCCGCUGUACGCGUGUUCAUUCACGCGAGAAUCACAUCUGCUUGUCUUAGCCUACUGGUGCUGGUACAAAUUGCAAGCUUGUGUCAACUAAACAGCUUAAAGGAACAGUUUACCCCAAAAUAAAAUUCUGUCAUCAUUUACUCACCUUCGAGUUGUUCCAAAUUUGUAUAAAUUUCUUUGUUCUGAUGAACACGGAGAAAGUUAUUUGGAAGAAUGCUUGUAACCAAACAGAUCUUAGCUACCAUUGACUACCACAGUAGGAAAAAAUGACAAUGGUAGUCAAACGUGCCCCAGAACUGUUUGCUUUCCAACAUUCUUUAAAAUAUCUUCUUUUGUGUUCAACAGAACAAAGAAAUUCACAAAGAAAUUAUUCCUGCUAUGGUAGUCAAUGAACUGUUUGGUUACAAGCAUUCUUCCAAAUGUCUUCUCUGUGUUAAUCAGAACAAAGAAAUUUAUAUCAUAUAGAUUUGGAAGUCGAGGGUGAGCAAAUGAAAAUGUUCAUUUUUGGGUGAACUGUUCCUUUAACAAAAUCUGUCUCAGAUAGCAAAUUUCCACAUAAUCAUGUAAAUGGUUGAAUAAACAAGCCCUAUGGUUUAUUUUUGUUUACAUUUGUUCAUGAUGCAGACACUUUUAUCCAAAGUGAACUGCGGAUAAGAGAGCAUUUACAGUAAUAUGAUUAAGGAAACUCAUAAUAGUAAUUUUUCAUUUGGCAGUGAAAGGACAAGCGCCGCUUUCUUCGUGAUGUGAACAUUUUUUUAUUUCUAGCGUAUUUCAGAAAUUUGUAAAAUGUUUUAUUUCUAUAACGCUUCAGAUUAAAUCUGGUGAACACAUCUGGACUGUUUGUUGAGUUUGCACAAAUGAGCUUAUGUAGUAUUAUUAUUCUUAGAAAACUUUAGUUUUCAUGUUUUCUUAGUUUACACAUCACGCCAUGAGUCCAGAUGACACACAUGCACUUACACACACACACACACAUUAGACACUUACCUUGUGACUGUUUUUUGGCGAGCUGCAAUAUAAUACAUGGCUGCAGUUAUGUUGUUAAAAAAAAGGAUGUGAUCCUUUUUAAAAAUCUGUCACAUCUUAACCCACGUUUUACCUUCGUGGAACAUUUAGCAUCCUAAUCUAUGAUGCCUUCACUUUUUGCAUUUUUAUCCAAAACUUUCCACAUGUGGAAUAUUUCUCACAUUACGGCACCAACACAAAUAUGCUCUCCGCAAAUGUUUUAGUGCUGUUUGACAAAUAGACACAGAUCGUCUCAUAUUGUGUAUGAUUUUACCAAUAACAAAAUGAUUUGUUUGUCACAAAUAUGCAGGAAAAACAAUUAAUAUUGUCAUUGCCUUAGGGGCAGAAUGAUGCAGAAUACUGUUUCAUGGCCGGGAAGAAAUAUUUACGGCCUGAAAACCCGUCAUUGUCAGGUGGUGUGGCAAAAAUGUAUUUUGAGCCCUGCAGACACACACGGGAUCGCUCAAUCACAUGCUUUGGUUUAACAGCUCAUUAAACGACAACAAUCAUCUCUGUUUUUCAUUUGACCAAAUUACUGUUUUGAGAACGCAAUUUCUUCCCGGCCAUGAAUGUGUCGUGGAUCUCCCACACUCAUGGCUGGAGAUGCAAUGUGCACACACACACACAGCAGAAAGACAAAUUCACAUGCUGAUACCGUGCAUCAGUCACUUCUCCCGUCCAAUUAUCGAUUCUUCAGAAAAGAGAGAGAAAUGACUUUCUCUGGAUGUUUUGCAGCUGGUUGCAUCAUGCAGGCCGCUCAUAGUCGUGGGUGUUUGUUUCAACAGCUGUUAAAAUGUCGCCGAGCUAUCAAAGCGCAGGAGACUUGAACUGUUUAUGUUCCAUCAACUCCAAAUCUUUUUGGAGAAUUAAAAAUAUAAAUAUUGACCAAGUGCUGCAUUGCCUGUGAAUCCACUCACAACUCAUUUUUAUGAUCCCCGCAUCUAGUCCUAUUUUCCCAACACCUUUUUCUUUAAAGUCCGCAUGUACAUUUACAAAAGCAUUUUUUUCUAAUAUUGUGUAGGUAUAUCUUGUAAAUACUUUUGUGAUCGGCUCUGAUGGGAGAAUUACCACUUGAAAGUUUCUCGGCCAUUUUUCUGUCAUGAUUUUGUCGUAACAUUGACGAGCACAACGUGAGCGUAAAAGAGUGAAAAGAUGUACAGCCUUAUUAUGGCAUUCUAGCCUAAUAUAUGAUUUCAAUUUAAUUGUUAAUAUUAUUAAUUAAAAUAUUAUUAAAAAUAAAUAUUUUAAAAUGUUUAUAAAAUCAUUAGUGGAGCUGAUUUUUUGCAUCUAUAUUUGACCUCAAAGCAUAUGGACCCCAGGUUGGGUAACGCUGAUGUAGUCGGACGUUCAUGGGUAAAAAUGACUGCAUGCAAUGCAUUAUGGGACAUGUAUUAUGGAGGCGUGACAAGUGUGGAUGACAUAGAUCAGGUUUUAUAUUGCCUAUAUUUUGUGCGUAGUCUCCAAAUGUGGCCAUUGGGUCUCUUAUGUAAUGUAAUUGUUGAUUGUGAGCUAUUGAUCGGUAAAGUUCUCAGAUCAGAUUCUUCUGUCCUGUUGUCUCUCACCUGAUCAGUCGGAUACAUUCGGUACUUUACAAACUCUUUCUCUCUUUUGUUUGUUUGUUUGUUUUGAGAGUGUGAUGGUGAGAUACUAUGUCUAUGUAAUGGGAGAUCUCUCUCUCUCUCUCUCUCUCUCUCAGAGUUUAGUUCUGUUGUACUGUACCAGCUCCAGCUUCCCAUCUGCGCUUCUCUUUAUUGGUUUAAAGAGCCGUCCGUCAGGCCGGCUUGACUCCUCCCUGUCAGGGUUUUAGUGUGAUAUACUCUGAAUGACGGUAAACAAGUAAUAAUUCUUCUGUUAAUGUUCGACUCUGUGUGCGCCCGUAUGUGCGUGGUUGGUGUUUUCUUUAUCAUAAAUGCGAUAAACGGGAGACUCCCGGUUUCAUGUUUUGAAGAACUUUUUUUGUAAAUAACAAAGCAAAAACGCAAGACAAACAUUGUACAUUGUUUUGUUUGUCACUUGUACUGAAAACAGAUAUUCUUAACGGUGUGCUGAUGACGCGAUCAUAACAUUCGCCCUUCUUGAACGAGGGAUUUCAAUGUCUGAUGUAUUUUUGCAGACGGGGAAGCGAGGUUGAAGGAGAACGAGCAAGACGCCAAAAGAAACUGCCAAACGUAUAUGACAUCACACUGCCAAACUCAUCUCAUUGAUUACCCACAAUUCCACUAGACGCCCCCCAGACGCGCCCCAACAGGGUGCGACAUGACAAGUUAACUGUUCAAUGGUAGUAUAACGUAUGAGGUCUUAUAUACAGCUAUUUGGAGAGUCCAGUUGGUCCAAAUUUCAAGCGACAGAAAAUAGACACCAAGCGCAUAGCAAGUGUUGUUUGGAAAAAAAUAACUGGACAAUGUUGUGGGUUAAAUACAGAUAAGAUAUCACGGAAAAUGAUUUUUACGUAUUGUUUAGUUUCUGUUGACAUGUUUUGUAUUUAACCCCAGACAUGAACUCAAAAGAGAAAAGAUUUAUGAUUCUAUCUGGUUGCACUUGGUUGUUACACGGCGUCCAGACGCUGAAGAAUAUCGCCCCAGACGAGCACGUACGAGUUCGAGAGGCGUGCGAUUUUAAAAUAGAAAUGCAUAGGUGUCGGGCUGACAUAAUGAGAGCACGGUUCUGGUUUUAUACAGGUCGCAUCCAUUCAGAACACCGUGACUACAGCCAGCUGACACAGAAACACACUUGCUUCAGUCCAGCGUGGACACAAACCCUGUCUGCGUUCCAUAUGCCACAGCCUGCUGUGCUUGGCGGGGUUUAUCGCUAUCAUCCACCCUCUGGCUCUCUCUCUACAGAGAGCCAAAAGUCUACAGCCAAAGUCCUAAUAACCCAAACCCCCGGCCAAAUGUCCUCCAGAUCCAAAUGGGUUCAUACUCGGCUGUUCUGUUGGAUAUAAAGAAAGCAUUCCUCAAACCGACAGAAAUGAUGAUUAUGUGGCACGUUGAGACGAGGUGUGUGAUCACAUUUGAAAGCAAAUAGAGUUGUUUUUAAGACAAGUAAGCGAUUUUGACAACACGUUCAUAGAGAUACUUACCUGUAGACUGAGGUUGCAAAGCUCCUGCCAUAGUGAAACGCCACAACCCAGAUAGCGCAGGUACGUCUGUAAGAUGUCUGCUAGAGAUCUGGAAAACAUCUGCUGUGUAAAAACAUCUUAGAAAAGGCAGUUUUACAUACGCUCUAAAUCAUAAACAUCUUACAGACAUGUUCAAGAUGUCCAAUUGACAUCUGCGAGGAAACGUCUCAGAGACGCGUUGCAGAUCAGCAAACAAUCAAAAAUACGUCUUGCAGAUGUAAAUGCAGACAUCAAAUAGACGUCUCCCAGAUAUAUGUGUGCCGUCAGGGAAUUUCACAAAGAAACUGAAAUAGGGGUGGCAAUUCUUUUUAGAGAACGCAUAGUAAUUUGUGGACGAUAAUGUGUUUUCCUUCAGCCGGCACUUUUUAGUUUACACGCACCGCUGCCACUUAAAUUACAAACGAGGACUUUAAUUACCGGCUUCUUGAACGGCGUUAAAUGGAGCGCUGACCCAAAACGUUGAAUGAAUCUGAAAUAAACAUUUGUUUUGAAAAUAUAUAUAUAAAUACUGUAUAUAUCAAGAGAUCAGUAUAUAUCAUCGUCUGGCGGGGGGCGGGUUCACAUUCCAAUUUCUGAUCUUGCUCUUUCUCGUUCGCCCCGAUCCACCUCUCUGCGUCACACAUGUGUACAAUCUGACUCAAUGUAUUUACUCAUGUAUUUUUUUGCCAACUUUGUACAGUGUAAAAAAAGGAUAUAAAUCUAUGAAAAAUAACAGUACUGUAUAGAUUUAGCUGCCUGUGAGCGAUUCACAGCAUAGUGUCGAUAGAGGUUAACAGCAUAGACGCGAUCUAAAGCCAGUUAAACAUGCUUUCUGUAAAGCCCGACGGAUGCCACGCGUUUUUAUAUUCUCGCUUUCUUUCCUGGUCAUCGUUCGGUUUUCUUUCGCCGUUUUCGUACCUAUAGUGGCAUUAAACUCGGUGUGUCGUUCUUUCUAUUGGUUGUUCAAUCGUUCGUUUGUUGUUGAACACAGCGAGGUUCAGGCGCCCGGGAGAGCGCUUGGGAACGCAGAACGGUAAUGUGUGUCGUAAGGUCUUACGUCUUCGUCCACACGUGCUUCCCAUGUAUAGAUGUUAAAGUACCACUCUUGUAGUCUAGGACAGAAUAUCUUCCCUAUGGUUUGCCUUCCAUUUCUUUCCCGUUUGGUUUCUGUUUCUCACCAGGAAUCACAGGUGGAGUUGCCAUUAAACUGAUCCCAUGCAAUGCUAAUGAAAGUUGGCUAGCAAUCUGUCCUGUUUGCUUUUUUAAGAGUAUAAAGCUGUUUUUCGAGAAUCUUCAUGGCCCUUGGUUCUGCACACACCAGUGUUUAGUUAAAAUUAGUGUAUUGUCUAUAAGUGUGUGUGUGUGUGUGUGUGUGUGUGUGUGUGUGUGUGUGUGUUUAUUCAUGAUGAUGAUGGUCUAUGUGUGUGUAAUGUACUGGGUUAGCGUUCCAGACGCCUCUCUCUUUCCGAAGCUCUUCCCUUUUCUCAAAAAACUUCAAACAUUCCAUAAGCGUAGAGUUUCACAUGCACGAUAUCACCGAUGUAUAAACAAACACCAAUGUUGUGUAUCGCUCUUGUGGCAGGGUAUAAAAGAACCGCCGCUUUCCAGCUAGGAGAAGGUGAAUGUUUGGGAUUUUGUUCCUCUAGGGGGCAGUAGAGAGUUUAUUGAUUUUGGGGGGCGUGGUUUGAGAUGAAGGCGUCUGAGAUCACCGCCCAGAGCUAGGAUGGUAAAGCGUUCCCAAUUUUCAGCCUCUCCUGUUUUUUUGGCCGAGCGGACUGUGAUUUUACUGGUUGAUUUUUCUUUGUUCGUUCGUUUGUUUGUAUUUGUUUUCCUGCCCACACCCUUCCAUGUGAUUGGAUGUGAGGGUGGACGGACCUAAGGAGCACAGUUCGUACUAUGUUCCAUAAUAAAAUUGACUCAUUUGUAAACCUCCUGCUGUGGAGACUGGUCAUUCAUCAUUUUUUGGAAUGUCACUGACAUCUAAAUAUCACGUCCUCCAUGUUUACAAAAUGAAAUCAUUGUUUGUGAUUUCCUGUUUUCUCCUUAAAAUCAUCCAACAUGAUGUAGACUAUUGUGAAAAUACAGUAUUACCGUGCUAUCUUUAAUAUUAGCUGAGUCGGGUCAUGUCAAAGAUUUAAUUACAAAAAGUACAGCAAAAUGAAUCAUGAUUUAAAUGAAACGUUAAUGCUCUUAAUCUUGUUUUUCAGAAACUGGGCCACACAUUUUGGUGCUUUUUGCAAAUACACAUACUGUACUCUUGUUUUCUCAAUGAUUUCUCAGAUUCACUUUGUUUACUUAUAGCCUAUAUAAUUUAUCUGAAAGGCAGACAUGUGAUUUUGGUUUCUGGUUUUCAGUGUUGAGUUUUGACCUAUAUUUACAGUAUAGGGUUUAAUAGGGAUCUGUGAUCUCAAUAGGGAAAUUGUCUGUAAAUAGAAUACAACAAUGAAAAAUAUGCAAGCAAACACUGAUGAAUUCAUUACCAUGCAUAGUUUGUCAUGCUCAAGUAAUAUUGCGAUCGAGUGUGUUAUUCAUUUUUGCAUGGCAUAUUCAUUUGCCACAGUUUGACAGUGCCGUGUGUGCAAGAGAGAGAGAUUUUUGUAAACAAAUAGUUUUAUACUGUAUGUAUAUUUCCGCCCAGGGCUGAAAUUUUUAAGAAAUGUAACAAUUCUCAUUACGUCCUGCUAUUACGGCUUUUUUUCUAUUUGAAUAGCAUUGCAUUGAGGGUUCAAAAUAAAUACUUUGUAAUGCAUGUCAGCAAUUUUAUCAAUAAUUGUGGCUUAAUAUGAACGUUUAAUCUUUAUUGUGUUAUACACCAGCAGAAUACCAAACAAACUGCUCGCCAUCAAUACAGUAAGAGCAUGAAUGCGUUUUUCAUGCACAGAUGAACAGUGGGUUGUGUCGUUUUCAAGCUGAGAUGCAUCAAAACGUCUGAACGACACGCGGGAGUGACGAGCAGAAGGAUGCAAAAGAAGCCGGACGGAGAAUGCAAGAGGAUGCCGAGGAAUGGCAGAGGGAUUUAUAAUUAGAACGGGAGGCUGCAGUGAAUAAAGGACCUGCACACUGUGUUCCAGGUUCCUGCAGACUAGACGCUGAGUUCUCGGCCCUCUUGAAUCACAGCACACGUCCAAACGCUGCCGGCGCUGUGGGAGCCACAUUGUGACAUCACCGAGGACUAAUAUUAGACACACUCCAUCCACACCUCUCUCCGUCUGCCUCUCCCGUUCUCUUGACUGUUUUUCUUUGGCUCCUGUCACGCAGCACAACACGCUUAAAAUGUAAAAUAUACACUGGUGACAUGCAUUAUGUAUGUGAUGCAAUGUACAUGCCAGUGUUUCUUUUAAAAAAAUGAUACAGGAUUUGUUUUGGAAGAGAUCUGCGAUGAUAUUAACUGAGGGAAAAUCAUUAGACACGUGAAGUUUUAGAGGAAACAGCGAAAACCAUUACGAAAAAAAUCAUGAGUAAUCAACUAGUAAAGAAAUGAGGAAACCAUAAAGCGAAUCCACUUCAGAUUCAAACACUGACUGCAUGUGUGAAUAACUCUGAAAUCCUUUCUUCAGCUCGUCUUUGUUUCUCUUCUCGUCGUCUUCUCUGUGGCACAAUGAAUAGAUUUUCUCUUCUUUAGCGUCUGUUUUCUGCUUCCUCUGCUCCAUCUGUCUUACUCGCCGUAUUCACGCUGUAUGCUGGGAAAGACACAAGCAUUCUCUGUUUUGACAAGAUAGUUCCUGGAGAAAGAGAGUCCAGACACUGCA